AUGGCCCGCCAUCCCGGGCUAAGCAAAGGCUGCAAGACAUGUCGCGACCGGAAAGUCAAGUGUGACGAAAAACGCCCUGAAUGCUCCCAGUGUAUACGUCGCGGGGAUAAAUGUCCGGGGCCCACCAGUGGCCCAAUCUUCCUCCAGGCCGUCAAUUCGAGGAAGUCUAGCAAGUAUGUCCGCAUCGACGAGCGGGAAACGGAUCAGUCAACUGUCGUCCCUCAACGCGCCUCGGCCAAGGUCGCCCCCAUGAAGACCCAGGAGCUGCAGGUGCAGCAGACGUCGCCGCCAUUAUGCACGCCCCAAACCCUCCAGCCCAACGUCAGCCUUACCCUGCAGCUGCACAUGGUCGACCGUUUCCUGUCCUUCUUCGAGAGAUCCGGGGUGAACAAAACGCGGCGGAGUCUGUGGAUCUAUCUCUGUCGUGGAAUGGGAGAACCCGAGGGCCGCUGUGAUUGGCAAUCCAGCGUCCGUGCGGUGUCCUUGGCGUUCUUUGGCACAUUCAACCGAGACCAGGCGGCCAUGAUCGAGGCCAGGAAGUGGUACGGUGUGAGCAUCCAGCAUCAGCGGAACAAGCUGCUGCAGGCCUCGCGUAAUGCCCCCCUGCAAUACGAUCGCCCGGAGGAGAUCACCAAUUUUGUCAUUCUUGCGUAUGCCGAGAUGAUGCUGUCCACCAACGCCAAUGCCUGUUAUCAGCAUCUCAGCGCGGCGGCCUCGCUGCUGGGCAGGCUUGACCCCAAGGUUUAUGAGUCUGGGUAUCUGCGACAGCUGUUUCAGGUCGUGCAAAGACUGUUGCUUACUUACAACAUCGAUCAAUUUAUGGACGGCUCUUCCGCCCGCUACAACAUUCCAUUCUUGUAUGCAAAGGACAAGAGCACGCACGACGAGUUUGUUGAGCUCCUGACCGAUCUUCCAGACCUGCUGUCUUCCCGCAUGAGUCCUUUCGAGUGGGAGCAUAAGGAAGACCACAUCGAUCAAAUCAGACGUCGUCUAAGACAUAUCUCACACACGCUUCGCUCGGAAUUUCCAUCGAUUCAAUUCACAUAUCCUCCUACCUGCCCGCAAAAUGACAUUCUCUACGCAAUUCCCGUCUCUGACGAUGUCACUGAAUCGGACAUCUUCCUCGUUAAGGCUCUCUGGAGCCUUGUCUGCGUUCUGACCCUUGCUUAUUCCGAACAACCGAAGGAGCGCAACUACACUCUCAUUCAGCUUCAUUGCGAGGUCAUAAUUGGUGCCACGGCUGCCGUCGUGAACUUACGAGAUGUAUACUGCUUCGGGUCCUCGAUUGCGCCUUUGAAAGCCGUGCUGUUGUAUAGCUUAGACGCGAAGCAACAGGGUGAGGCGAUGUGUCUGAUUUCGCAAAUAGGAGGUGCUUUCAGGUUCGAUGGAUUGUUGAGUGCUCCGGAGUGA